GCGCAGCGCAGCCUUCUUCAUGAUCUCCGUCGGUCGUCAAGCUCAUGUCUCUCUUGGGCUUCUUCUUCAAAUUUCUCAGUCAACCCCCGCUACCAGGCAUUCGCCAUGUCCAACACACCAGACGAGUCCCCUGCUCAGCUUUAUGCCGAGAAAACGUGGCUGGCUGGUAGCAUCAUGACCGGCGUCGGCUAUGGUGUCGUCCUUGCUCUUUUCUGGCUCUGUCUGCAGUCAUUAUGGCGCCGUAUACGAGUGAAGGAUGCAGAUUACAAUAGGAAUUGUUUUUUUCUUGUCUAUGUCUGCGUCAUGUUCACCCUAGGAUCGCUUUUCAUGGGCUCCAACUCCCAAUUCACCCAGCUCGCUUUCAUAAACGAUCGAAAUUUUCCAGGCGGUCCCAGUGCGUGGGAGGUCGAGAUGUUUUCCAUCAGUGUCGAUGAGAUAGCCAAUGUCUCUUUCGUCCUGGCGGAUUGGUGUGCUACAGCCCUCAUGGUCUGGCGCUGCAUGAUCAUAUACCGUGAUUGUGGAAAUUGUCCAUGGCCAAUCAUCGGGAUGCUAGGGACCAUGCUCAUCGGAUCUUUCGGGCUUGGCAUCCUCUUCCUCUACCAGAUCUCAUCACCGUUAUCAUCGCCAUACUCUGCUGCUGGCACGAGUGUGAAUUUCACUCUUCCAUACUUUUUUUUCGAACUUGCCACCAAUAUCAUCGUCACCAUCCUAAUCGUACUUCGCCUAUACUUCUAUCGUCUCCAAAGGAAACAAGCACUAUUAGGUCCUGGGCACGUAGCGGAACACACCAGUAUUGAGUCGAUGAUCGUCGAGAGCGCUGCAAUUUACUCCACAUUCUCCUUACUGUUCCUGAUCCCAUUCGCGACAAAAAGUCCCGUUGCGAACGUAUUCAUGCAAGUACUUGGAGAGGCACAACUCAUUGCCCCAUUAUUGAUCAUAUUCCGCGAGGCCCAGGGUCACGGCUGGAUUAGCUCCGCAUUAUCCACAGCAUCUUCCAGUAAAACCGCUAUCCAAUCACCGCACUUCUCCGACAUCGAAUUCACGUCCCAGCACAUGCGUAACGAGGGGCUUAAAUCUACUGACUAUAGAGACGUCUCCACGACUGUAGAGGAAGGUCUUCAUAUUGGUAAUGGCAGUAACAUUGUGGAAGUUCCGAGAUAUCGCUAGGCGGAUUAAAUUUACCGCAAAGGCCUUCGAAUGACAAUUUAUUUUAUUCCACGUACCACAUUA